CUUCCAUCCUCAUCACAUGUCUGUUUUACGCUUCCAUCCUCAUCACAUGUCUGUGUUACGCUUCUAUCCUCAUCACAUGUCUGUGUUACGCUUCUAUCCUCAUCACAUGUCUGUGUUACGCUUCUAUCCUCAUCACAUGUCUGUGUUACGCUUCCAUCCUCAUCUCAUGUCUGUUUUACGCACCUACCUCAUCUCAUGUCUGUGUUACGCUUCCAUCCUCAUCACACGCUCUCAACCGUGCCAUAUUCCCACCAAUAUGCAAUAUAAAACAAAAAUGGUAUUAAUUGGAGAGGUAAUCAAAGCGAUAAGAACGUGCUAUCACCGUGCUCGCUGCUGUGCUCAUCUCCACCUCAUCUCAUGUCUGUUUUACACUAUGUACAUUUUUACCGCUCAUAUUUCCUUUCUCACCAACUUAUUCUGUGUUUGA